AAAGAAAACAUCUAAGUAAAAAUAGCAAAGGUAUGCUUGCUAUUCGAUCACAAAUUAAUAAAGACAACAUACAGAGGAAAACACACAACAGUAUAGACGGCAGUCAACCAUUUUAAAGAAAGUAUUUCAAUAAAAUAAAAACAGAAAUUAGUCAACGAUGUUUUCAUUUUGGAACAUUUGUUUUGCCGUUAUUGGUGGAGUUAUUGUACUUCAAGUUAAAGCACAUAUAACAGCCCGGACACCUGUUUACAACGAUUGCGUCACGUUCUUCCAGAAGGCAUGCAAUCCUGACAAAGCAGCUGGUCAUUACUUACUGAAAGCAAGAAAUUCCUCAGGAUCUGAUUCUGGAUCUCCUUGCAAACGAGAAGCAAAUCUCACAAUGUGCCCUCAAUGCGGUGGUUCUGGAUGCACAGGAGAUGGAUGGACUUUUGUCGCACAUUUUCAUCCGAACAAUUCGCAUGCAGCAUACGACUCAGAGAGAUGGACAUCAAAAAGUCCCAGCUUACAAUAUUCGAGUGCAAAUGUAACUGAAGUUUGUCUUGCAGUUCGAAACAGAUUGAAACUACAAUUUCAUGUUCAAGCACCUUCCAUGCGAAGUCUGUUUUUCGAGAAAAAACUCUUAUCAAAUGUACCACUUUCCACGUGGGUCGAUUCACUAAAUGUGCCAAAUGCAACCAAAAUGCAUCUACUCACUACACCCACAUCUUGUUAUGAAAUCGGUUUUAAUGUUGGAGACUCAUAUGCCAGACAUCCAAUAUUUGCUCGUCUCGGAGCUGUCACCGUUAAUGGAACUGGCUGUGAAUGGGCACCAUCAUUUGGCAUUGGUAUUGGUUUAAAAAUUGGCAACGUUGGUUCAUAUGGUUUCCAUGGUCUUGUUCAAGGUGGAAUGCCAGUAAACGAAUCUCACGUUGGACAUCUUGACAUAUACGUUCGCUCGAAACCAUGGCAACCUCGCAGUUACAUGGAAUAGCCAACAAUCACGAGUAACUUUGUCCACAUACUUGGCAAUUUAAAUGAUUAGCACACUCCAUAUUAGUACCAGUGCAAUUGAUAAAAUCGACACCCUUUUUAAUGGUAUAUUUAUUGUGAUAUUAUAUUGAGCAAAAAGUUUUUAGGUAUGCAUUUUAUACUGCACCCGACAUUUUAGUACUUAGAAAAGCAUUAUUAAUUAAAGUUACCACAGCUACUCUAACUAUAAAUACAUAUAUCUAAGAAUAGCAUGCUGUUAAGAAUUAACCAUGCAGAGUAGACGGUCAAAUACACAUUUUUCGUGAAGAGAAAAA